AUGGCGGACCAGGCGAAGAGCAUCUCCUUCGGCAGCAGGGUCGGCAUUGCGUCGACGACCCUGAAAGCUAUGACGGCCGCAUCUGCUCGACUAUGGACUUCGCCGUUCAAGGGCCAGCAAGGCGCACACAAUUACUUCAAAGAUGUCAUCUUCACCAUGAUGCGCACCCAGCUGGGUAACCUCGACCUCGAGCAGGAGAUGUACACGCGCGUUCCGACGACUGAAACCUACCUCAACUUCUGCAAGGAUAACGGCAUAGCACCCGAGAGCGUUACGCUGUCAAGCGGCACACAGGCGCACUGGUUGGGAAACAAGAACGCGAAGAGGGUCCUCCUCUGGUUCCAUGGUGGUGGUUACGUGGUGGCUGCCACACCCGGCCACUUCCAGUACCUCGUAGACAUGAAAGACACGCUCAACGCACAAGGCUCCGACACAGCCGUCCUCUUCCUAGCCUACGGCCUCGCUCCCGAGAACAUAUACCCCACUCAAUUGACACAAGCUGUUGAAGUCCUCAGAUAUCUCGUCCAAACGACCGGUCGCAUCCCCUCGGAUAUCAGCAUAGGCGGCGACUCGGCAGGCGGAAACCUAUGUCUUGGGCUUUUGUCACAUCUUGCGCACCCUCAUCCUGAGAUCCCGGCACUACACCUACCCACAAAAUUGCACGCCGCAUUGCUUCUUUCGCCAUGGUGUUCAUUCAACACACAUACACGCGCUUACGAAACAAACGCGGAGAAGGACUGCUUCGAUCGGAGAGCACUCGAGCGCUGGUCAUCCGCCUUCCUAGGUAACGACUCGCCCUUCGCGGGUGACUUCUACAGCGAGCCCGUCACUGCGCCAUCAUCUUGGUGGGAAGGCACGGCGUCUGUUAUUGGCGAGGUAUUGGUCUGGGCCGGCGGGAAUGAGAUUCUGCUCGAUGGUAUCGAGGAAUGGGCGAAGCGGUUCACGAAGAGCUUUGGCAAGCACGGUGGUCGCGUAAAUGUAGUCGUCACGCCAAAGGCUGCACAUAUGGAGCCUCUUCUCGAGCUUCUGCUGGGUUACAAGGGCGACAGUGGGACGGGCAGCGCGAAAGUGGUCAAAGACUGGGCGAGGGCAAAGCUGUGA